UAAAUUUUGAACUUGACAAGAUGCAUCAUACUACGAAACAUUUAUUGUACGAUGGGAAGACAAGUCCAAUAGCCUGGAAUUGGUACAAGCUAGAUGACAAGGACCCAAAUACUCCAUGUCCUCGCUCCUUGCUUUCAUGAGUCUCCCUCGAUAGUAAGCUCUACAUCUUCGGAGGAUAUGAUGGUAUUGCAAGGAAAUAAUGAUUUUUACUCUUUCGAUACUGAAAAGCUGGUCUGGAAACAAAUUAAAACAUGUGAUAUUCCUCCAAUUUCGAGAGAUAGACAUGUAGCUGUUGUUUACAACAGGUCUAUCUAUAUUUUCGGUGGCUAUGAUGGCUUCAACAGAGUUAAUGACUUUUAUGAGUAUAAUGUAGACACUGAAUCCUGGCAAGAAGUUAUUUUCUGAGGGAAGGAAGGACCUCCUACUCCAAGACAUUCUCAUUCAGCUGUAGUAUAUGAAGAUUGUAUGUACGUCUUUGGAGGAUAUGAUGGGAAUUAUAAGAAUGACUUUUAUAAAUUUAACUUUACUAAGAACCAAUGGACAAGAAUCAAAUCAACAGAUCAUGUUUGGCCUACCUCUCGAUACAGGACCUCAUGCACUGUAGUUGAUGAGAAAAUGUACAUGUUUGGCGGCCAUGAUGGUCAACAACAAUUAAAUGACUUUUACUACUAUAAUUUUAAAAAGAAGAAGUGGAAUCUGAUCAAUUAUUCAAAGUCUUUUGAACCUUCGCCAAGGGACUCACAUAUUCUUGCUCACUGAGACGACUCUAUCCUUUUAUUUGGAGGUUCUUCAGGAUGCGCCAAAAGUGAUUUCUAUCAGUUCAAAAUCAACGAAGGUGAGUGGAAACCCAUCAAGCACGAUGACGGUGUCAAACCAUCAUGCCGCUUCUGUCAUGUUGGUUCUGUUGUCAACGACAAACUAUAUAUCUUCGGAGGUUAUGACGGUAAAAUUCGUCUCAACGAUUUCUACUUCUUUGUCAUCUCCAAAGAAAAAGAUUUGACUUUCAACUCGAUGCUCAAAUUCGUAAACAAUCCUCAGUACUCAGACGUGAUCCUUGAGUUCCCUGAAGAAGAAUCUUGUGAGAAGAAGUUUAUCUACGCUCAUCGCUUGCUUCUCUCGAAGUAUCCCUAUUUCGAGAAAAUGAUCGACGACCUCUGUGGAUAUGAAGACUCUACAGAAGAAAGCAAGAGCUUUCUAGAAGAGUUUCCUGACGAGUGGUCAGGGCUUUCUUCUCACGAAAAUAGUAUGCACUCUGUCAAGAUUUCUACCAUAAACUCUGAAGACAGUUUCCCUCCUGAGGAAGAGAAGGAGAGAGCCAUUGAAGACAUCGAGGAAUCUAAAAGCGAUAUUGAGUUCACUGAAGAAUUUUCCGUCAGGGAGCAAAGCUUUUGUGAUAAAAUUUUAAGCGAGCCUCCAAACGAAGAGGAUUAUCUUAGUGAUGAAGAUGACAUUGAGCUCCCCUUGAAAAUCAAUAUGAACGAUAUCUCAUAUGAUACCUGCUUGGAUAUCGUCAGAUAUAUCUAUACUGAUUACUGAGAGGUUUUACUUGAGAAUGCCAUGAAACUACUCAAAGCUGCUAGCACUUUCCAAAUCAAUCGUCUGAAAGACCUCUGCGAGAGAAAAAUUAGUAGUAGUAUUAAUAGUGAAAACUCUGCGAAUAUCCUGAUGCAAGCCCAUUCUACUGAUGCUACUACUCUGAAGGAGAUGUCACAAGAUUUUAUCGUGAAAAACUUUGACACAGUCUCUAAAUCAGACGGCUUCCUAAAAAUGGUUACUGCUUAUCCUGAACUGGCUGUUGAAGUCCUAAAGAAGAGAUAAAUCCAGCUAGAAGUAAUAAGAGUUCAACUAUACCGCUGAGAGCUUGAAAGGACUUGCAUAUCAACGAGGGGCCUUAGAAGCCCUCAGGAUCUGUG